AUGUCAGUUAGCAAUAAGUAUAAAUUGAUUGGCUUUUCGUGUAGUAAUCAAUACGUUAUCACCAGAAGUGUUGCCGCAAAAAAAUUAUAUGUUAUGCAAGAGAAACAUGUGGAUCAACCAUUUUCCAUUCCAAUCCUAAAAGAUGUUGAUGAGUUUAACGACUAUAUUGAGGGUAUUAACGCCACAUCGAUUGAGCAAGGUGAUUCAAAUGGUUGCUAUACGUGUUCGAGUCCCUGUGCGAUGAUAUACUGUUGCUCCGGUCCGUACCCCCAGUGCUGUGCAGUCGGCGGCCGAUGUUAUUGUUGCCGUUAGUGCCGCACCUGAUUUGGUGCCAACUUGGUCAAUUCAUUAAAUGCUUCCC